ACGCUAGCUAAAUCACAGGGUUGGGGUAGGGGGUAAGGGGGAGAGGGUGAAUAGUGGUGAUUAAUGGUACAAACCUGCUUUUUGGUGGAGAGAAGAACCUGAUGCCUUCUUCUUUUGAUGUGUGAGUGGGUGGUGCUCUUUUCUCAUCAAAACAUACUCUCUACUAUAUCUCUUCCCCUUCUUUUCAUCAUCUAAUACUCUCCCCAGCUACAACUACUUCUACUCCUAAUACUUUUGGUAUUUUAUUUUCCUUCCAUUUUUCUCAUUAUAUAUUAUCCUCUUAAAGCUCUCAUCUUUAGUCUCACAUAACAAAUAAAAACGCUUCAAAAUCAACAAAGCUGAUUUUAUGAAGAAAGGGUAAAAUCUUGGUGUUUUAGUGGUGGUGGGGUUUUGUUUUGUUGUCUGUGGAGAGAGGCCUUUAAGAGGCUACUGUUAUGCUGAAGGCUAAGUAUAAUAAGGAGAUAAGACUAAGUAGUAGUCUUAGAAAGUAUAAUAAUAAGAGCAGCAGCAGUUCUUGUGACUGUUGGGAAAACAGCACAAGAAAAAGAAGAAAGGAGAAGCUUAUCAGCAGAUGUUAUCCAUUGAAAAACUUGCAGCAGAUCCUUCCCAAAUCUCUCUACUGAAAAGUAGUAGCAGUGAUGAGAGGCCUUCUUCUUCUUCUUCUUCUUCUGAUAAGAAGCAACUAGAUCUGUCCAACUCUGACCACUUUGAUGAUAACAAACCACUCCCCAAAUUCUCCAUAAGAGAUUAUGUUUUCAAAAGCCGGAGAAAGGACAUAAAGACCAACUGGCCAUUUUCUCAGAAAAAUUUGCAGCUUUGUUUGAAGCAUGGCGUGACAGAUUUGUUACCCCCUUUUCAAUCUGUUAAGGGAUGUGCUGUAGAUAAUUGUUCGAUUGACAAGGACAAUAUUAUAGGAACUUUUGAUCAGGAGGAGCAUUUUAAGGUAGAUGAUGAUCCUAGAUGUAUGCCAAAAUUAGCUGCUGAUUAUAGAAAUAUCAGUUCAAGUCGAUCUGAUAAAGAAAAGGCGAUCCGGUCAACGAUAACCAGUCAGUCUUUUUCUGAAAUUGAUUCAGUUCCAACAGCUGAAAGGAAUCCUAGCUUGGGAACAGAAGCUGUUGGGAAACCUGAGAAUAAAGGUCUUUUACCUCCCAUGUCAAACAAGAGCGGGAGCACAGCACGACCGCCAGCAGCAAAAAAGUGCAGAUUAAUAGUCAAGUUGGGCAACGUCACAGAUUAUCGAACCGUAGAAGAGGAAACCACCACCAGCAACAAUUUCAUGGCUUCUGAGGCAAUGGCUUCGAAAGUAUGUCCAGUUUGCAAGACUUUCACAUCCUCAUCAAACACCACCUUGAACGCUCACAUUGAUCAAUGUCUCUCUGGAGAGUCAACAAUCAAGUGGACAGAAAAUUCUAAUAAGGUGAUUAAGCACAGGAUAAAGCCAAGGAAAACGAGAUUGAUGGUGGAUAUAUAUGCAACAGCUGCGUGCUGUACACUGGAGGAUCUCGAUAAGAGGAAUGGAACCAACUGGGCCUCAAACCCGAGUUUGUCUGUUCGAGAGACUGAGGUAUCUGCUGUUGAGAAACUGGAUAAACCUCCUCCUGUUAGUCAUGAAUGCACUGAUAAUGAAGGUGCUGUUUAUAUUGAUGCCAAUGGCACAAAGGUUCGAAUUCUGUCCAAGUUCAACGACGAGCAGCCACAAUCAUCAAAGCUGGUUAGUGAUCCUCUUCAGAAACAUUUGGUUGAUGGAGAUAAAAGAAGCAAACUCGUUUUGACAAAGAAGAGGAAGAAGAAGAAUCAUAUCCAGAGACAGCACAAGCUUUUGAAAUCUUCUCGUACUAAAAAGUUUUGCUUGUCCAAGCCCUAUCACUGUCCCAAGAUUAAGAGUGGUCAAGAUGGCACCUUUUCCCCCCGAGGAAAUGUUGUCAGAGAGGAUUGCUUAAAUAAGCAGCUCAGAUCUCCAGAACAGGUGGUAUUAAAUGGAUUAGGAACCAUAAAACAAUGGGCAUGUUCGAAGAGAACUGGCCUCACAAGGAAGUUCAGUGAUAAGGACAACCAUCAGCGUUCUGGAGGUGUUAUGUUGACUGGCGUUCAAGAUGACAAUGAUGUGUUGCCUAUGACUGAUUCAUCUUUGAAGAUAAGAAACUGUCUUUACAAAUCUCCAAGAUCAUCUGCUAAUACUGUUUGUUUGCCUGAGAGUAGCCAAAGAAUGGGGGAUGUGCUACUUGAGCCUCAAGAUGAACAUACCGAGGAGCCUUCUCUGCAAAAGAAAGUGGACUUUUCAUUGUCUCGAUCUCAAUUCCCAUCUAACAAGAAGAGAUCCCUAGUGUUACAAAGGAACAAAGAAAAACAUUUGAAGGUAGCUGUCCAUUCUGUAAACAAUGGCUCCGGUGAUCUACUAGAAAAGGUGGAUAACUCUGAGAUCAAUGGUGAACCGUCCACCUCUCAUCCAGCAUUCUCCUUGAAAGAUAGGAAGUUGUCAUCAUCGAGGAAGAACCUUUUGUCUGUCAGUGAAGGGCCUGCUCGUGGUGUUAAAUGUAGCUUGAAGUGGGAAACAGCUUCCCUUAAGAAGUCUAGUAUGCGCUGCACUCCAGAAUCAGAAGAAGCCGGAGUUUGUCAAACUGAAGGAGAGAAACGUUGUAUAAGAGAUCUCAGUGAAACUAAAGUUCAAGGGAGCAAGAGUUGCGAUAGGGUAAUUGUUAAAAGAUCUAGAAUUUUAAGCAUCGGGAAAAAUAGGGAGGAAGUUGUGGUUUCUAAUGUGGAGGGUACUCUGGGCUUGAAGAGCUGCUCACAGUCUUCAGCUGAGACUGAUUCUGAUAAUGAAACUGGCAGCACUUUAGCAGGUGCAUCUGAUGCUAUAAGAUCUGUGAAAGUGAAUGAUCAAACUCAGAAUGACAAGACUAUGGAUCCAGCUGUUGCCUCUGAAUUCUCUGCGAGGGGAGAAUUUAUGAGUUUUCGCAAGUCUUUGGAUGCUGGAUCUGAUGAGUUGUCUGGUUCUGCUAGAUCUCAGUUGUUUAGUGAAGAGUAUGAAGGAUCUUUUCUUGGCACCAAAGCUGCAACACGUUCGCAAGAUCCUAUUUUAGGUGUUGAAGAAGAGAUGUUUAGUGCAGCGGAAAUUGGGAAAAGUAUGAUUGAUCACAAUCUUCAUGACGAUGUUACUGAAUUGGGAUGUAAUGAUGGGCAAGGGAAUUACUUUUUGGAGGUUGAUCCAAUUCCCAUACCAGGACCGCCUGGAUCUUUUUUACCUAGUCCUGGUCGUAUGAGCUCAGAAGACCUUCAUGGGAGUUCAUCAUUAACCAGCAGUAAAAUUCAAUCUUCUGCAGAUUAUCCUGAAUUCUUUGAUCAGGAUUCUUCUGGUUCACCUACUUCUGCUGCAUCAACAGUUUCUAACUUCACUAUGGCUAGAACUGGCUCAAGAUAUUCAGACAAGUUGUCUGGCGAUGGAAGGGAAUCUUCUGAAAGUCUCAGAUGUCACACAGCUGGCUGGGAAGAUAAAAGGUGUAGCUUAUCUGGCAGCAGUAUUGUUGAUCUUCUGGUGGAAAAUUCCGUCACUCUACUUCAGACAGCAAAUACAGGAGAUGAAAGGGAUGGACUGGACAAAUUUAAUGCAAAUACAUUCUUUCCUGGUAAAGGCACUUUCAGAUUUACAAAUGAUAAGCCAUGUUGUUGUGUUAGGAAAGAAGGAGCAUCUCAAGAGUCACAGCUCUUACAGCGACGGGCCAUGGAACCUUUUCCUUUUCCUGCCAGUGAGAAUCAGUUGAGGCCUGAUUCAAUCAGAAGACCUAAUAAUAUCAGUAACUCGUUUUCUCUUAGUGACUCGAGUUCAGGACCUGAAACAAAUGCCACUAAAUCAUCCACUGGACAUACUCAAUUUGGAGUUUCUGCUGAUUCUGAGUUCAAGCUCCCAACUCGUGAUUAUGAGUCUUGUCCAUCUGCUUCCAAUCCAGUUCUCAGGCUGAUGGGAAAGGACUUAAUGGUGGUCAACAAAGAUGAAGACUCCCCACUGAAAAGAUCAUCUCACUCAAAUUCCAUGAAUGACCUGGCAAACACUAGACUUUCUGGUGUUUCUUGUGGCAGUCUUCGUAGUGAGGAUCUCUACUCAUCUCGUCAGGUGGAUGCACAUAAUCGUCUUGUCUUUCAAACUGGUGAUCCAGUACAGCAUUUUGAUGUCAGAUUGUUAAAUGGUUUCAAAAGUCGCGACAGUUACUCAAGGCCACAACAGCUGUCCCCUACAUCUCCCGUCUCGUUUUCGUGCAAGGGUAGUGGCAUCGGAUUGAUGGGUUCCGUUGGCAGACAAGACUAUUUAGAAGGGUGCAAUUUACAUACUGUGCUCAAUGGACCAAAUGAGACAUGUGAUGGGAAGAAGUUUGUGGCAACUCCCAUAUCUCAUUGGCAAAAUUCAACUUCAGUUGGGAAUGCCGUCAAGGAAAUUAUUAUAAUUGAUGAUUCUCCAGAAAACGGGGCUGAUUCUGCAUACACCAUGGGAACGGGGAGAAGCAGGUCGUCAACUAGUAUCCAAAUGCAGAUGAUCAGCUCGGGCUAUACCUCAAAGUUUGUGAAUUUCUGCGAAAAUAGACCGCAUGGUUCUCCUUACAGCGGAUCUGGAGUAGCUCAGAAUGCGAACUUGCCUACUCAAAUGAACGAGAUUCCUGCUAAGUGGAAUGGCAAUCCCGAAGGUUGUAGUUUUGUUCGUCCAAGCUCUUUCUCGGCUUCCUCGUCACCUGCAGGUCCUUUUAGAUCAUCUUUGUAUUAUUCUCCCGGCUUUUCAUAACCAAGAAUGUUGCCUUGCAUGGGCAUUCACUCUCUUGACAGAUAAUAGAAACCUGAAGCUUACAAAGCAUAAAUAUAGCAGUCUGAAGGAAAACCCACACAGCAAGUUUGAGCAGAUGAGUUAUUCUAGAUUUGCAGGUUUUGCUUUAAUAGCUACUUGAAAAACUGAAAGUUCCAUAGAGAUAAAAAGCAGUUUACUGAGGCCAGUUCGAAAGUUCCCUGGAGUCUUAUGUAUAAAAGUCUUUUGAAUAAUGAGUUGUUCCAAGGAUAUGAACUUCCAAAGUGGUUUCUUCUUAAUAUCUUUCUUUUCCCCAUUUAGAGGUAUAA